UUGGCGGAAUCUGGAACUACAGUUUGUUUGAAUCUAAUCAACGCAACAAAUUCCCUGAAAAUUCGAAAAUUUAUCAAUGGCGAUGAAAGAAAAUACUCCAUAUUUCCAGUUAAUACUUCAAAUACACAAUCAAAACUGGAAAAUUUCAUAACAAUAGGAGUUGGAAAAGAUAUAGAUGCUGAACUUCACUAUAAGAAUGAAACUGAAAAACUGCCUUUUCACAUAAACACAAAAUUCUAUGGGGCUGAUCCAAUGUUUAUGGAUAACUAUGAAUUGUAUUCAAAAAUAGGUUUGUUUUUCCCAUUAGCUAUUAGUGGUUCAGAUGGAUAUAUAAACGCUGAUGUACUUAUGGAUAAUAGAUAUCAGUCUUACGAUGUGUUUCAUAUUGAAUUCAUAUAUUAUCUUAAAAAUAUAUUGAAAAUUUCGACAAUUGAUAACCUAUGGAUGGAUAGUGAAAAUGCAGAAUACGAACUUUUACAAUAUUUUUAUAAAAAUGGAGAGUUGGAUGAUGCUGGAAUUACUAUUUGUCAAAUUAACAUGGAGGUUUUCUAAUAUUUUUAGAGGUUUUCAUAAAAAAUCAAUUUUUUGAUUCAGGUCCAUAGUUUUAAGAUAAGAAACAAGACAAAACAAGAUGAGCGACUUGACAAAUUCAAAAUGUUUUUUUGGCAUAUUGUGAAUGAUCAAAGAUAUGCGAUUUUGAAUCACGAUGUUGGUGUACAUCACCGCCUUUAUUUAUUCAAUUAUGCUGAUAAGUAUUGUGUUGAAAAAUAUUUGGGAUAUUCUCUAUAA